AUGGAAACAUUAACAAGUAAAUUAUUUAACAAUUUAAAAAGUCUUGUUAAUAUUGAAUUGAAUAGAAAUGGUUUUACAUGGCUACCAGAAGAUUUACUAACUGGUACAGUUGGUCUUGAGUCACUCAGUAUAAUGAACAAUCAAUUAAAAAAAUUGCCUGAAAAAAUAUUCAAAGAUUGUGUUAAUUUAAAGACACUUGAUUUGAUGUCCAAUGAAUUAAUUGAACUACCAAAUGGUGUAUUUUUAAAACAACAUAAACUUGAAGUAUUAAAUUUAAAAAAAAAUAAAAUUCAAAUAAUUGAGGAUGGUGUUUUUGAUGGACUGGUUCAAAAUAAUGAUUUUCAAUUUAUGUCUAAUGGAUUGAAGAUAAAUUUGGAGUACAACAACAUAAGUCAAGUAUUAUUUCCAGAUGGUAUACAGUACAUGGGAAAUACAGAAUAUCUUGAUGAUUCACAAACAUCAGUAACAGUAUCAAUUGAUAAUAAUCCAAUAAUAUCAUGUAAUGGACCAAAUCAUUUAAAAAACAUCAACAUAAAAUCUCUAAACUCAACAACAUUUAAAUGUUUAUCAAAUGAAGCCAAUAAUGAUGAUAAAUAUUGUCCAGAAAUUUGUGAAUGUUGGAUGGAACCUUACAGUCAUAAAUUUAUCAUUGAUUGUUCAUACAAAAAUUUAACAACAUCACCAUUAAUAAAUCCACCAAGUGAUUAUUAUUUGGAAAUUAAUUUGACUGUAGCAAUGAAUUUAAGUGAAAUAACAAUUCAUGAUAAUCCAUGGAAAUGUGAUUGUGAUGGUAUUUAUUUAUUGAAAUUUUUGGAAAAAAUGAAAGAUAAAAUACCCAAGAUGAUGAAGGUAACAUGUGAUGUUAAUAAUUUAUCAGUUUUAACAAUGACAUCUGAUGAAUUGUGUCCAAGUUAUGCUUAUAUUUAUGUUGUAUUGAGUUUAUGUAUUGUGGUACUUGUAAUUAUUUAUACUAUUUUGUGUAAAUAUAUGAGAGAUGUUAAAAUAUGGCUUCAUUCAAGAAACAUGUGUUUAAAUUUUAUAACUGAAAAUGACAUUGAUCAAGAAAAAUUGUACGAUGCUUUUAUCAGUUACUCACAUAAAGAUUCAAAUUUUGUUCUUGAUGAAUUAAUUCCAAGACUAGAAAAUGGACCAGUACCAUUUAAAUUAUGUGUUCAUUAUCGUGAUUGGAAAGCUGGUGUAUCAAUAACACAACAAAUUGUUGAAUCAAUUAAUUCAUCAAGAAGAACAAUUAUUAUUUUAUCAGCUAAUUUUUUAGAAAGCAUAUGGGGUAUUGUUGAAUUUAGAACUGCAUAUCAGCUAUCAGAAAAAGAAAAUAAAUCUAGAAUAAUUAUGAUUGUUUAUGGUGAUAUACCUGAUGUUGAUAAACUUGAUGAUAAUGAUUUGAAACAUUAUAUGAAAAAAACAACUUAUCUCGAGUGGAAAGAUCAAAGGUUUUGGAAAAAACUUAUGUAUGCUUUGCCUCAUUCAUCUCAUUUAAAAAAACAAAUUGAUAUUUGA